AUGGCGACUGAAUUCACCCUCUUUGUCCGCCUGCCUGCCGAGUUGCGGACCAUGAUCUGGGAGCUCUGUCUUCCCAGCCGAGUGGUCGAAAUCAACCAUCCUCAUUGGCCAAAACUCCACUGCGGGAGUAACUGGGCAUCCAGACACAACAGCUUGCCACCGGCUAUUGCACAUGUCAGCUCCGAGGCUCGAGGGGUUGCUGAGAAAUUGGCCCUGACUAACAAGGACCUCGACCCCGGAAACUCAUUACUCGGGCGCUUCUGGUUCCAGCCAUUGAAGGACACCAUCAUGAUGUACCGGCCAGACUUCGUCCUCUUCCAAGAAGCGAACAACGACGGCGGUCUAUCUUUGCAAAGUCUCAAAGAUCUUGAGAAACUCGCUAGGGGCACUGCCAUUUACUUCGACCAGACCUACAUGUGGUAUUAUCCCCGCGAAGACUGGGACGAGUGCCACUCAAUACAAUCUGCUCCUGUGACUGGAUGGGAUGAUCCACUGCUGAUCAUGUAUGCCAUUCCCAUCCACGCCACCACGGCCCAAGUCAUAGCCUCCCAGCUCUUUGGCAACUUCGGCGACGAGUGCAUCAAGCUCAGCGAUCCCCUCGACAGCCAGCUAAUGGAGCGAUACCGACAGUUGUGUCUGCAGAGCGGCCUCCCGCAGAGCGCCAGUACCACUGACUUCUUCCACAUGUGUGCCGGCAGCCCUGAGGGGGUCAGCGACAUGAGCAAGAUGGUACACACCUGGAUUGGGGACUCCAAGACCCAUGAGCUCCGGAAGCGGUGGAAGGCGGCCAAAGCCAACGACUUCAUUGGCAUCCCGUGGCCGGAGAACAUUUGGGUAGGCUCUGACCUCGACGACGGCACCAGCGACAGGCCGGACAUGGACACGUACGGGGGAGCGCUGGCCGUGCCCCCCGGUAGCAUCGACAUGAACAAGGUCCGUCCCAACGAGAUGCACCCCUGGGUGAGGGAGACCCUCGCGAGUAUCUCCUCAUUCACCCCGCGUCUCAUGUUCCAGUGGUGCGGUGCUGAUUGCUGA